CAGAAGCGUCUGGGGCAGCGGAGGCAAGGCUAGGAGGAACCGGCUUUUCAAGCCCCGCUCGCCGACGAUGUGGCAACUGCCUCCCCGGGCCCGGCAGAUCCAAGGCGCAUCCCAGGCUCCUCCGGGCAGGAUGGCAGCGGGGGCGUCGUAGCCGCGCGGGCCGUGCUGGCUCGCCCGGAAAAGCAGCGCGCCCCGAGCGCGGCGCCAACAAACCGGCCAGCGCAGGCAGCGCGCAACAUGGACGCGGAGAGCGCCAGCAGCAACAACCGGCAAGGGAGCCGCCUGUCCGGGACUUCUUUGGAGAAGAUCGUCGCCGAGUCUCCGCCGCAGUCGUACAAGGUCUACAAGCGGCGAUGGCUGCUGCUGGGCGUCGUCUGCCUGCUCAAUUGCUCCAAUGCCAUGCUAUGGUUGACGUUCGCUCCAGUGGCUGAUAAAACAGCAGAACGGUUUCACACCUCCAUGGAUAUGGUCAACUGGCUUUCCCUCGUGUACCUCGUGAUAUCCGUUCCAGUCGGGCUCAUAGCAAUAUGGAUUCUGGACACCGUCGGGCUGAAAUGUGCCGUGAUACUCUGCGCCUGGCUGAACAUGAUGGGAAGUGUAAUUCGAAUUUUCAGCAUCCUCGAUUUCCUGGAUCUGGGCUCCCUCAACUUUGUGUACCUGCUUGUAGGACAGUGCCUCUGUGGCAUGGCACAGCCUCUCAUCAUUUUUUCACCCACCAAACUGGCAGCCUUAUGGUUCCCAGAACACCAAAGGGCCACAGCCAAUAUGAUUGCCUCCAUGUCCAAUCCCUUGGGCAUUCUCAUCGCUAACUUGCUGUCACCUGCACUUGUACAGGGAGGAAAAGAUAUCCCUUUAAUGCUUGGAGUGUAUGCAGGGCCUGCUGUCUUCGCCUGUGCCUUAGCCACAUUGGGUGUUCGUGACAAGAUCCCACCAACCCCGCCUUCAGCAAGUGCUAGCCACUCCAAUUCGCCGUCAUUCUUCGGGGGCUUGAAGCUGCUCCUGCGAAAUUCAUCUUACAUCAUCCUGGCCCUUUCCUUCGCGACAGGGAUAGCAGUAUUCACCUGCUUCAGUGCUCUGUUGGAACAGAUCCUGUGUGUCAAUGGGUAUUCAAAUUUCUUUGCAGGUCUGAGUGGCGCCUUGUUCAUUGUGUCCGGACUCAUUGGGGCCUUCUUCCUCGGGCUGUACGUUGACCGGACAAAGAAAUUCACAGAAGCUACCAAGAUCUUUCUCUGUUUAGCUGCGCUGGCUAGCAUUGGAUUUGCAGUGGUGUCUCAGCUGAGAAACCAGACCUACGCUUUGGCAACCAUCAGCUCACUCUACGGGUUGUUUGGGUUUGCUAUCUAUCCUGUCGCUAUGGAACUAGCGGUCGAAUGCUCUUAUCCCGUGGGGGAAGGAUCCUCGUCAGGGCUGAUUUUUGUGAUCAGCCAACUUCUAGGUGUUGUGUUCAUGCUUUUGCUACAAAGCCUGGCUGUGGAAAAGAAAGAUGCUCCGUUUUCUACUUGCACCUCAGCCAUCGGCAAAGCACUAGACUGGUCAACUUCAACUCUAGUGAUGGCUGGAAUCUGCAGCCUGGCAGCAUGUUUCUUUGUGGCUGCCUUUCACACUAAUUACAAGAGGAUCUUUGCAGAAAUAUCUCACGACUUCUCAGUCAACAAAACAGAAGAGGAUGUUGCAGUAACAGCAGAAAAAUGAACUGCUUCUACUUGAAAUCUAAACUAACCCAAGUGCCUCAAGUAAAGUUUAAGACUUUUUGAGACCCCAAGUGCCACAGCAGGUUACAGCUCUUUGGGAACUGGCUGUAGCAAGAGAUGAUGGUUAUCUUAACAGGAAACUUCUCACACGUACAGCCCAAAUUUCCUGCCACAGUUGGAGAGGGUCUUUUUCAAGACUGAAUGCAAGAAGAAUCUACCCCCAUUAAAAUACAAUUUAAUCCUUAGUGGUGGUGCUGAAAUGCAGCAGAAAUCAGGCAAACAACUCCCUCCCCAGUGUAAAGUGUCUGAGACUCACUAAGUGUGGCCAUUUUGAUUCUUCCAGUGUGUUACACUCCAAGGGCUAUUAAAUGGAAUCAGCAUAUUUAUACCAACCUGAAUUCUGUGAACAAAGAAGGGAAUGCAAAUGUUCUGUAACUAUUCAUUUCAGUAUCUCCCAUUGUGGGCGACAGCAUAUUUCCUUUGGAUGAAACAUUGUUUGAAAAGUGAUCUAUAAAUGUUUAAAUUAAAUAAAUUAUGUUUCUGACGGUGA